UGGGUCGUGUUUGGAGGAGGAUGACGGAGGUACGCCGGACAUCGAGGGCCAGGCUGCCGCAGCUCGCGCUGUUAGUGAUCUGCAUCUUCCCGACCGGGCGCGGGGACCGGCUCAUGAAGACGGUGGUCGUGCGCGCCGGCGAGAACGCCACCAUCCCGUGCCCGGGGCUGACCGAGGUCGGCCGCGCCGCCGACUACAUCAUCGGCCGGCUGACCUGGACGUGCCCCGGCCGGCGGCCCUGCCCGGCCGCCGCGCCCACGGGCCAGCUGGCCUCCUACGCGGCGAGGACUGUGUCCAUAGAGGGCGACCGCGGCCGCCUGGACCUGGACCGGCGCACCUGGGCCCUGCUGAUCGCUCCGGCCCGGGCCGCCGACAGCGGCGCAUACAGCUGCUCGUUCAACGACCAGCCCUCCGACCACAGGAUCGUCAAGCUGGAGGUGCAGGGCGUUCCCAGUCCGCCAGGCCGGCCGAUGGUCAUCAAGCACACGUCGCGGCACAUCGACCUCAGCUGGGCGCCCAGUCUGCAGACAAACAACAGCCCCAUCAAACACUACGUCAUACAGACCAGGUACGGCGAUACGGGCACGUGGCCUGCGGUCGAGGCGGGCCACCGCACUGCCGGCAGCCAGACCAACGCCACGGUCGCCGACCUCACACCGUUUACCGUCUACACCUUCCGCGUGGUGGCCGCCAACGACAUGGGCUACAGCCGGCCCAGCGACGCCUCGUAUCCAGUCAGCACACUCCGAGAGCGUCCCGGAGCGCCACCGAAGCUGACAUAUGCCCGGAACCGGUCGUCCACCUCUAUAGAGGUGGGCUGGCGGCCCCCGGCCGACCACACGCUGCACGGGGAGUUCACCGGCUACCACCUGACGUACCGGCGGGCCGAGCCAGGCCGCCGGUCGGGACCGGCCAGCAGCGUCCAGCUGCACGACGUGUCGGACCGGAGCUACUUCAUCGAGGACCUGGAGCCGUACACGAGGUACGAGAUCACUCUACAGGUGAAGAAUCCGCAGGACCUGGGACCGCCAGCCACCAUCACCGCCACCACGGGCGAGGGCGUGCCGUCGCGGCCCGUGAACGUCAGCUUCUCCAGCGUGCGGGACCGCAGCGUGGUGCUGCGCUGGGUGCCGCCGCGCCGGCCCAACGGCCUGGUGCGCGGCUACAACGCCUACUGGACGGCCGACAAAGGCCAGGUCAUGCGCCGAGCCGUGCCUGACGGCGAUCGCAGGACCUUCACCAUCACCAACCUCGAUCCGGACACAGAGUACAGCGUGUGGCUGAAGGCGGUGACGGGGGCCGGCGAGGGCGACCGCUCGUUCCCUGUGAGGGCACGGACUGACGUCAGCGGUCCGGGGGCGCCCGUCAUCACCAACAUCACGUGCCCGACGGACACGUCACUGGGACUGCAGUGGCGUAAACCGGAGGUCGUCUAUGGCCUGGUUGAUCUGUACUAUCUGCUCUAUCGCUCUGGAGACAGCCGAGACUUCAUCGAGCGGAUGGUCCCUGUUCAGAGCGACCGGCUGCAGUACACGAUCAAUCUGCCCAAUCUGACGGCCAACCAGGUGUACGAGAUCCGCAUCCAGGGAGCGACCGUGUCCCGCCUGGACCGCAACAAGGUCUACAACGGUCAGCAGUCUCUGCCCAGAAAGGUGCGCAUGGAGCGUGGCUGUGAGGAGAUUCAGCUGUACAGCACGUGGAAGCAUCGGCCGCACACUACGCUGGCCGGCUCAGAGGUGACUGGCAUCUUCGUCGGCUGCCUGCUCGUCCUCUUCCUCGUCAUCGCCGCCGUCAUCUGGAGGCGGCGCCAGAAACGCUACCCGGCCGAAACGGCCGACAAGAUGGCGGCGUCGGUGGCCGGCUCGGUCCUGUCCGGCUGGGGCGCGCCUGCCCACGAGGCGGUGCCGUCCCACCUGUUCUCGCAGCAUGUGCGGCAGCAGCACGCCGACGCCGACGACGGCUUCCGGCGCGAGUGGGAGAUGCUGCAGAUGGCAGCGCCCCUGGCGGACGACGCACGGACUAGUGGCGCCGUGCAGAAGAACGGACAGACAGCGGCCAGCGAUGCCUCGACGGGGAGUUAUUACUCGGCACGUGUGCCGAUCGCGUCCCGCCUGUACCGCCACCGGCCGACUCCGGCCGCCUACUACGUGGACGGGUACCAGCGCGCGCGCGCCUUCAUCGUCACCGACCGGCCGAGCGCGGCCAGCCACGACGCCCUCUGGCGGCUGGUCUGGGAGCAGGGCGUCACCACGCUGGUGCUCAUCGGGACGCUCGAGCCGAAAGGCGGCCGGCUCUGGCCCGAGCGAGGGGCGCAACGACCUUUCGGCGACCUUCAGGUGGAACACCGCGAGGAGCUGCCGCUGGCCGCCUGCUGCGUCCGGAAGCUGGUCGUAUCAAAGCUAAAGAGUAAAUCAAGCAGGAGCAAGAAGGAAAGGGGAGUCAACUUCUUCCAGUACACAUACUGGCCAGAGUUCGGCCUUCCCGAGGACACGCUGCCGCUACUGGACUUUGUGCAGCGGACGCUUCAGCAUGAGAGCGCGUCCAACGCUCCUGUUCUUUUCAUCUCUGCCACCUCGUACUGCGCCGCUGGACUGUACGUGGGGCUGGUCUCCCUGCUCACCCAGCUCAAGUACCGGGCGGAGCUGGGGGUGUACUCCUACUGGCAGCACGUUAUCGGCCAGUGUCCGUACCUGCUCACCACGGUGGACGAGUACUCGUUCCUGCACGACUGUCUUUUGGAGCGCGUCACGGCCGGAGAGACGCUCGUGCCUCGAAACUGA